ACUCAAAAAAAAAUAAAAAAAUUCAAACCUGUGGUCGAAUUUUAUCCUCGCGCUGAACUAGCAUCCACAGGUGAAAGACGAAGAAUAGAGAAGAGAGCUCUCUCUCUCUCUCCUCCUCAGACGCACACACACACACACACAAAUGGCCAUCGCGAGUGGGUCGUGGGUAGCCACCGUGAACCACCAUACAAAUCCCCACAGCUUCACCUCUCCGACGAAACACAUUUUCUUUCUUUCACAAAAGCCUCACCAUUCCCAUGUCUGCUGCUCUCUCGUUCUCGAGGAAGAUGAAAAGAAGUCGCCUGGUCCGAAAGAAGACAAGUGGCCACUUUUCGGACCGGGCACAGAUGGUCUUAACCGGGUCUUAUCCAGGUUUCUCCGAGACCCGGAAACCCGAAAACUUUCUUCUGAAUUCUUCGAGAAAGCUAAGGAGAACUCAGAGUUGAGGACGACCAAGCAUCUGAUCAAUUACUUGGUGAGUUCCAAGAACUGGGACCUGCUCCUCUCGCUCUGUGAGGAUCUCAGGGAACAUAAAGCAUUGCCCGAUGCUCAUACCUGUUCCAAUCUGAUCCGGAGUUGCAUCAGCGAUAGAAGAUUCCGAAUUACGCAUUGCUUACUUAGCCUGUUUAGAUCAGACAAAUCAUUGGCCGCCUCUGCAUCUGAUGCAGCGAUGAAAGGCUUUAACAAACUCCAGAUGUAUAGUAGCACGAUCCAAGUUUUUGAUAGGAUGAAACAAUCUGGGGCAGUUGAGCCAAGCCCGGGCUGUUAUUGCAGGAUCAUGGAGGCUCAUGAGAAGAUUGGUGACAAUCAAAAGGUGGUUGAGUUGUUUCAAGAGUUCAAGAACCAGAGGUUAAGUUUCUUGGCCAAGGAAUCAGGCAGUAUCUACACGAUUUUAUGUUCUUCCCUUGCAAGAUCAGGACGGGCAAUCGAAGCUCUAGAGGUUUUAGAGGAGAUGAAAGAUAAAGGAAUUCCGGAAAGUAGUGAGUUGUACUCUACGCUGAUCCGUGCCUUUGCAGAAGCGCUAAAGGUUGAAAUAGCCGAGAAGCUGUUCAAAGAAGCCGGACAGAAGAAACUGCUGAAGGAUCCAGAGAUGUGUUUGAAGGUUGUAUUGAUGUAUGUCCGAGAAGGACAAAUGGAGAGAACUCUAGAGGUUGUGGCUGCGAUGAGAAAGGCUGAACUAAAGGUCACUGACUGCAUACUCUGCGCGAUUGUGAAUGGAUUCUGUAAGCAAAGAGGUUUUGCGGAAGCAAUAAGGGUUUAUGAAUGGGCCAUGAAGCAAGAAUGCGAGGCUGGGCAAGUGACUUACGCAAUAGCCAUCAAUGCAUACUGUCGGCUAGAGAAGUACGACAAGGCUGAAAUGUUGUUUGAUGAGAUGGUGAAGAAGGGAUUUGACAAAUGUGUUGUCGCAUACUCAAACAUAAUGGAUAUGUACGGAAAAACAAGGAGGCUAAGUGAUGCGGUGAAACUAAUGGCGAAGAUGAAACAACGAGGGUGCAAACCAAACAUUUGGAUUUACAAUUCCUUGAUUGAUAUGCAUGGAAGAGCAAUGGACAUAAGGCGGGUUGAAAAGAUAUGGAAAGAGAUGAAGAGAGCAAAGGUGUUGCCANUUCUUUUUUUCUUUCUUCCCGACUGUCUCUCUCCCUUCUCUCUUGUUUCCGCAUGCGAGAGAAACGGCGAUUGAUGAAGAAGUCGGAGAAAACAAUGGAUUCUCGUCGAAUCCAUUGAAAUUACCGGUGCAAACCCUAACGAAUCGGAGAGAGAAGUCAAAUUAACAAAGAUGUGGUUGCUUCCGUUGGAGAAGAAGUAAAAGAAGAAGCUUUGAUUGGAAACGAACCGUCACAGAACGUUGAUGAUGUACUGUUGGCGAAGUCGGAGUUGAGUGAUUUCACAUACGAGGAGGAUCAAUGGGUGACAUAUGGGCAUGCUACGAUUCAUAUGACUCUGUAUGUGAAGCUUUGGUGGAUGGAACGGUGGUCAUGGCAGAAGGAAUUGGAGAUGUGAAGGUGAUGAAGGGACGGAAGAAGAAGACAAUCGCUUAUGUGAUUUCUGUGCCUCAGAUGAAUUCAAGAGGCUGCUCAUUCAAAUCGGGAGAACAUGGUGAGUGCAUUGUUCGUGAUCGGAAUGGAGCAGUGUUUGGAUGAGAGAGGAUUGUCUAUUCGUUUGCAAGUGGUUGGUGAAGGUAAUCUCACCUCUUAAGAAAGCUAUGCUCUUUUCACAAUUUGGUACUAGACCACUUAAGUCGUAUGUGGACGUAUAAGUCAUGGUUGGUGUAUUCUCAAAAACCAGCUGGAUCGAUGAGCUAAUGAGGCUGUUGCAGGACAUGAAAGUUGAAGGAACCAGGCUUGAUGCGAGGCUCUACACCUCAGCUUUGAAUGCUUUGCGUGAUGCUGGUCUCAAUUCCCAGAUCAGGUGGCUGCAGGAAAGCUUCGACGCUGCACAAACUAGUGCUUCAAGAUAUUCUAAUAUGAAGAACAUAAAAAAUUUGCAGGGUUCUGGAGUUGAAAGUAAACUGUAGAAGUCAAGAUUCUUUUGUAAUUAAAUAUACAACAUUGCCACA